CCGCCGGCACCUAACCACUGUCCGCGGCUGCCACCGCACAGUUUUUUCAGCGAGACUGCACUGCAGCCGAGCCAACCCACCAACCUGCCGCCCCGCCGAUCGAUCGAUCGAUGGGCAAGUGCGUCAGGAUCCGCGGCAGCAGCAGCAAGCCGCCGCCGGCGGCGGCCGCCGAGGCCGAGGCCGCGUCGUCGUGCCUCACGCUGCGCAGCGGCCGCCGCGUGCCGCCGGUGGCAGCGGCGUGCGGCCCGCCGAGGACCAGCGGCAGGCCGCGGCGCCACCGCGCGGGGUCUGCCCUCCGACGAUGGUGCGGCGCCGCCGAGGCCGCGGACAAGCAGGUGCAGCAGCGCGCGUGCGGCAGCCCCCGGCGCGGGAGUGCAGCAGGCCGGGUGCUCGGUCUCGGACUCGGUGCACGCCGGCAGCUCUGCCACGACGACGGGCGGACGACGGAGGCGGAGGUGCCGCCGUCGCGGGCGGCAGAUAUCGGCGUCGACGACGGGCGUGGAGACUGCUUCGAACCAAAGACGCCCCUGAUGACCGGCGACGACUGCGACGCGGCCGUGGUGAAAGUGAAGGCGAAACACGAGAACGAGAGCCGCUGCAGGGGCCUCGUCGCCGCCCAGACGCCGUCGCCACCGCCGCCGCCGCCGCCGCCGCCGACGGAAGCCGAGAUAGAGGCCUUCUUCGCGGCGGCGGAGCUCGCCGAGCGCCGGCGAUUUGCAGAGGCGUACAAUUACGACGUUGCCCUCGACUGCCCGUUGGAAGGGCGCUUCGAAUGGACGCCGGUGAACACGUGAGGUCGACGCGACGACGGGGGGAUCGGAGGGGUAAAACCGUCAGUCCGUUAACAGCAAGAAACGCGCUCCUAACCCUUUGGGAAGCUGCGAACUGGAGUUAGAUUCUCAACUGCUGGCUAUUCUCUCUGAUGUCGUAUUUUUACAGAAAUUUCAAUCAUCAGUAGUUUGAGCUUAGCAUGCAGAUAUAGCUAGUAGAGCCACUACUGGUUCAGUAGUUCGUCGUCGAUUUACCAAUACCUGCAUGUAUUGUCUCUGACAACCACAUACUCCCUAGUAGUAUGUAUGUGUAUAGGAUAAGGUGAUACAUUGGAGGAAGCUUCAUUCUAAGCUCCCCAUGCAUGCUCA